AUGAAGCUGUAUGCUGCGCUGGCCGUGCUAAGAGUGGCAGGCAGCGUGCUAUUGCUGGGUAUGGUGCACCCGGACGAGUUCUUCCAGAGCCAGGAGGUCAUGGCGCGUCAUUUCUUACCCGAAGACUCGACUCUACGCCGCGAAUUGUUCAUACCCUGGGAAUUCCAGCUGCCUUCUCCCAACCGCUCCGUGCUGUUCCCUGCACUAGUCGCGGGACUGCCUUACAAGGUCCUGGAGCUACUUGGAGUCACGUUGACCGGCUGGCUGAUGCUGGUGACUCCUAGACUACUACUUUGUCUGCUGUCUUUUAUUAUCGAUGCAAUUUUGUAUCACGUCGUGGGGAAAUUAAGUCGCCACCAGAAAUUAGAGAUCCAGCGAGAGAAGCAGGAGAAAGCGCUGUUAUUAUUCGCCAGCUCGUGGCCGACGCUGGUGUUUCUAUGUCGACCGUUCUCCAACACGUUCGAGACGCUGAUCCUCGCGUUAUGCUUCGGCGUGUUAUAUCUCGUAAAUCCGCAUCGGCGUGUUUUCUGUGGAUUUCUCCACGUCCAAACAUUUUUUCUUGGCAGUUUGUUGGCGAUUGGAUUCUUCACGCGGUUCACGUUCCCAGUUUUCUUCUUCCCGCUGGGACUGGAGCUGGUACGUCAGCAAGACGCGCUGUUGGUUGUCGCAGCUCGGAAGAAAGACGUGACCUCGCUACCGUCUCAAAUGCGUCGCUUGGCAGCCACAAUUGCCGUCGCGAUGCAAGGAUUUCUUGCAUUCGUGGCGUGGUCGGCGUUGCUUAUUUUCGUGGAUACUUUUUAUUUUCGUCCGGACCUUUUUGAAGGCGAAUUGGACCGAAUUUUCUUUAAGAAAAUGGCUGAAAAUGCCGUGGUGGCGCCUCUGAACAAUCUACUAUACAACGCGCAAUAUGACAACUUGGAGCUACACGGCGUGCACCCUCGACUCACCCAUGUGACGGUCAAUCUGCCCAUGCUGUUUGGUCCAGUGUUUCUCGUGUUUUUGCUGAAAUUCUUGCGCUAUCCUGAUCGCUCGUUCUUCGGCAGUGCGUGUGUAUUUUUCCCGUCGCUUUGCUUGUCAUUAGCUCCUCACCAAGAGCCUAGGUUUCUACUACCUGCCAUUGUACCACUGCAUCUCUUCACCGCUGUACAUGGCAGAAUUGGGAUCGUCCGCUUCUUGACGAAAAACCGACUGGGGGUACUGCUAUGGAUUGUUUUUAACGCUGUUUUAACUCUGUUUUUCGGGGUUAUACACCAGGGAGGCGUCGUGCCGAUGCUGCUAUCUCUGUCUUCGAUCGCUUCGAAUUCAGUGGGGGAUAUCUCAACAACUUGGCUAAAUUCGUAUUGUAAUUUUGACGAGAUGGAUAGUCAUUCUAUGGAGAUGAUUAGUACGUUACCAUUGGUGUUUGCCAAGACGUACAUGCCGCCUCGCUUUCUACUGACUGGAAUGACUGUCAAGCCUUCGUUUCAAGUGGUGGAUGUAGCGGGAAGUACGGCAGAAAGUCUCUCAGUGAUAAAUUUCGAGACUGCGGAGCAUGCGGCAUUUUUGGUGCUACCAGCGAGUGUUGAGGUGAGAGACGUGGUGCCUUUAUCGACAACUUUUAGCGCAUCAAAGUUGGGACAUUGCGCUCCUCAUAUUUCAACUGAAGAUUUCUCACUUGAACAGUUCGCGCUGAAUUUAUACUUGAUUAAAGGAGAGGAUUUGUAA